AUGGGAGGCGGUCAUCACGGUCACUCACACGGUCCCCCACCUGGACCCCACCACAACCCGAACAACACUCCCAACGGCCCCGGAAACAGUUCGUACUACGAGCAGCAGAACUUCACUCCCGGUGCGAAAUGGAUCAAAGACUUGACGAAAAACCGACUCUGGACGUUCGAGGGGGGACAUUUCUCGGACGUGAAUCUCUCGAGCGUUAUGUAUGAUCAGAGGGUGGACGACGAGAAGUUGAUUCAGCUGGAGGUGUGGAGUGCGCCGGGGAGGGAGAAGCCGACGUUUGAGGAGGCGAUGGGGAAGGAUAAGGAGUAUAAGAAGGCGAAGAAGGGGGAUAGGUUUGGACCUUCUUGGGUACGCUGUCGUUUUACAAACCACUGGUGGAAAGUGACGGUGCAUAUCCCUGACGACUGGAAGAAGUAUGAUACCGUUCAAUUCGAGUUUGACCCUGGCUGUGAGGCCAUGAUUUAUACGACGGACGGUGUACCCUUGCAAGGAAUCACUGGAGGUUACGGUGGCGACCGGCGCGUCGAGUAUAUCAUUCCUCACGAUAUCCGGAAGAAGGGAACACACCACUUCGUCAUCGAAUCGAGCUGCAACGGCAUGUUUGGCGUCCCUUGGGAUGGGGAUACCAUCUCUCCUCCAGACAUGAACCGCUACUUCAACCUCGCCUCUGCCGACCUCGUCGUCCCCAACACCUCUGCCUGGGGCCUCCACUGGGACUUCCAGACCUUGCGCGAACUAGCAGACUCCCUCCCUGGAAACUCACCCCUCCAGAACAAGGCCAUCGUCACGGCGAACAAGAUCAUGAACACGUUCGACAAGACCAAGCCGGAGGAGUCUAUCAAAGAGGCGAGGAAGAUCGCGGAGGAGGUAUUUGGGGAGGGCUGGGAGAAGUUGAGGGAGGGGGUUUAUAAGGAGGGGUGGGAGAAGGGGGAUACGAGGAUUUGGGGGAUUGGGCAUUGUCAUAUUGAUACCGCUUGGUUGUGGCCGUAUCGCGUCACGCAACAGAAGGUGGCGAGGUCAUGGUCUACGCAGGUUGAUCUUAUGGAGCGAUAUCCCGAGCACCGGUUCACUGCGAGUUCGGCGCAACAGUAUAAAUGGCUUGAGCAGCUCUACCCGCCCCUCUUCGAGCGCGUCAAGGAACAGAUUCUCUCGGGGAAGUUCCACCUCGUUGGUGGGUCUUGGGUCGAGAAUGACGCAAACAUGCCCUCCGGCGAAGCCCUCGCCCGCCAAAUGAUCUUUGGCCAGCGCUUCUUCGAGUCCCGCUUCGGCAUACGAUGCGAGACGGCGUGGUUGCCUGAUUCGUUUGGGUUGACGGGCGCGUUGCCGCAGUUGAUCAGGUUGGCGGGGAUGGAUAACUUCUUUACGCAGAAGCUGAGCUGGAACAAUAUCAAUGUCUUCCCGCAUUCUACGUUCAACUGGGUCGGUAUCGACGGCACGCAGGUGUUAUGCCACAUGACUCCUGUCGAUACGUACACCGCGCAGGCCACAGUCGGAGAUGUGCAGAAAGGGAUCCAGAACCAUAAGAACUUGGAAUCGAACGCCCAGUCGUUGCUCGUGUUUGGUAAUGGAGACGGUGGAGGAGGACCGUUGAAUAAGAUGUUGGAGAAUUUACGCCGCAUCCGAGGCGCAGCGAACGAGUUCCGCGAGCUGCCACCGGUAAAUAUGGGACACUCAGUUGAAGACUUUUUCGAGGCUCUGAAGGAGGAGUCGGACGGAGGGAGGGCGUUGCCGAAUUGGCAUGGGGAGCUGUAUCUUGAGUUCCAUCGCGGGACGUAUACUUCGCACAGUCCGAUCAAGAAGGGGAACAGGAAAUCGGAGAUCUUGAUGCGCGAUGUUGAGCACGUUGCGACGUUGGCAUCUGUGUUCAAGGCGAAGGAGUAUGGGUACCCGAAGAAGGCCAUCGACGAUAACUGGGAGAAAUUGUUGCUCAACCAAUUCCACGACGUUCUUCCCGGUUCUGCUAUCGGCAUGGUCUACGACGACGCCGAGGCCAUUUUCUCUGAGAUCCGCAAAUCCGGAGACGCCCUCUUCGAAGACGCCAUAAGCAUCCUCAUGCCCUCCUCCUCCCCCCUCUCCUCCCUCUCUGAUACCAUCUACUCCGACUCCACCUCCCCUACACCCCUCACCUUCGCCAACGGUGGCGCGGAUCUCGUGGGGUUGAACACCACAUUCUUCCCUAGACGCGAUAUCGGGAAGAUCCCGAAGGAGGCGUUGGGUGCGUUGAAGGGCCCGGGUAAGGAGUAUGAAGUGCAGGAGUUGAGGGAUGGGAGUGGGGCGUAUGUUGUUAUGGAUGGGAGGGAGGGUCAGGGGGUGGCUAGGCCGAUUGGCAAGAACGAUGUGGCGUUGGUGGAUGGAGGUGUGAGCGUGCAAACGAGUGGUGAGGGGUACUUCGUGCUCAAGAGCUCGAGUAUGCAGAUGACGGUGGCGGAGGGGAGGAUUACUAGUUUGUUCGAUAUCCACCAUAUGCGUGAGCUCAUCCCCGCUGGACAGACGGGUGGUCUCGUCAUGUUCCAGGAUCGGCCGAAUUACUGGGAUGCUUGGGAUGUUGAGAUUCAUCAUCUCGAGAAGAGGACGGAGCUCAAGUUCACGAGUGCGCAAGUCGUGGCGGAGGGUCCUCUCCGAGCUUCGAUUGAGACGCAGGUGAAGUAUGGGAAUAGCACGAUCAAUGUCACGAUCUCGUUGGAUGCCAUUACCGCGACCCUCAAGCCUGGUUCUCGUCCUUUGUUCACGUUCUCUGCGGAUGUGGAUUGGCGUGAACGGCACGAGUUCUUGAAGUUCGAGAUCCCUCUCAACAUCCACAGCGAUGUUGCGACGUACGAGACUCCGUUUGGCUACGUCCAGCGGCCAACACACAAGAACACGACGUGGGACGCGGCAAAAUUCGAAGUUUGUGGGCACAAGUACGCAGACUUGAGCGAGUUCGGCUACGGUGUUGCCAUACUCUCUGAGUCAAAGUAUGGCUUCUCGUGCCAGGGUAAUGUUCUCCGUAUCUCGCUUUUGCGGUCCGCGACUGCACCUGAUGCGGAGCAGGAUCAAGGUCAACAUGAGUUCUCGUGGGCAGUCAUGGCUCAUCAGGGACACUUCCUCGAGUCGGAUGUGCCGGUUGCUGCAUUUUUGUUCAAUAGCCCUAUUCAUCUACGCGCCGUAAACCCAGGGGAAGCCCAAUCUGUAUCCCUCGUCCCAGUCACUCCCUUCACCCUCUCCGGCGCCAAGAACGUCUUCCUUGAAACUAUCAAACGCGGAGACCUCGACUCCGACCUCGAGUCUGAUUACCACCUCACCAGUUCAGCAGAUGGAAAACGAUCCAUCGUGCUCCGUCUGUACGAAGCCUAUGGCGGACACGCGAGCGCCGAGCUCGCAGUAUCCGACGCGCUGGAGAUCGUCGGGGCAUACGAGACAAACCUGUUGGAGGACGAUUAUGGUGCGAAGGUGUUGGAGAUGAAGGCUUCCAGUAAGGGCGAAGAGGGAGAGGGGAAGAGCGUGGUGAAGUUGGAGCUUAGAGGAUUCGAGGUGAAGACGGUCAAGUUGGUGUUGAAGGGAUCUGGGUCCGGAUUGACGACGAAAGGGUGA